AAUAAUUAACAUUAAAUAAAGAUAUUAGAUGUCUAGACAUUCGACAUGUAAAGCCUUCUGGAACAUAAAUGACUCCUUGUGGUCGAUGAAAAAUGGCAGGCGAGUUAUAAGAUGGAGAGUCACAAAGAGAUAAAUCAGCAUAAAACAUUUCAGCCUAAAGAGUACUAUAGGAAAUUUCUGGAAAAAGAUGUCCGACCUGAUGGAAGAGAACUUGGAGAAUGCAGAUCAACUGUUGUUAAUAUAGGUAGUAUCACAACAGCAGAAGGUUCAGCAUUAGUUAAAUUAGGCAACACAACAGUAAUAUGUGGAAUCAAAGCUGAAUUAGCCAACCCUAAAGCAGACGAGCCGAAAAAUGGCUAUAUAGUUCCAAAUGUGGAGUUAUCACCCAUGUGCAGUGCCCAGUUUCGACCGGGGGCACCAGGAGAACAAGCUCAAGUGUUGUCACAAUUUGUUGUUGAUGUUUUACAGAAUUCAGAAUGUAUAAAUCUCCAAGAUCUGUGUAUUGUCAGUGGAAAGUUAGUGUGGAUGUUACAAUGUGAUAUGAUCUGUUUGGAUUAUGAUGGCAAUGUUGCAGAUGCUUGUGUUUUAAGUCUUGUAUCUGCUCUUAAAAAUACCUGUUUACCUAAAGUAACUGUAAAUGAAGAAACUCAAGCCAUAGAAACAGAUGAUAAAAUAACUAAUAAUUUGAAAGUUCAGACCACUCCAGUAUCAACUACAUUUGCUAUAUUUGAUGACCAUUUUGUGAUUGUUGAUCCAACUAUAGAAGAAGAAACCUUAGCAACGGGCAUUAUCACCAUAGUAACUAAAGAGAAAAAAUUGUGCAUGGUUCAUAAACCAGGUGGUACCCCAUUGAAAGAUUCUCAGAUACAGCUGUGUAUUGAUAGAGCAAUAGAAAGAUCUGGUCAAGCUGCUAAAUUAAUAGAUGAGACACAAUGUUCUUUAGAUAGAUAAUAUUUCUUCCUUAACAGGUCAUUUAAAAUACAAUUCAACACCUUCUGGGGAAACUACAAUUUAAAAAGUGGAGAAAUCGAAAUUAAAACUUUUAAGGGUUAUUCGUUGUUUAUGGACUAGACAACCUACAUUAAUAUCAUUGCAGUGAGUUCAUUGUUGUGCAUUUAAAAAAUAAUGGUAAGAAAAUGAUAUGUUAGAUCAAUCUGCAACAUCUUCACAGCAACAUUAACACAUUGGGCUUGCUUGAUUUGUCCGCUGAUAGGCGAGCCGGUUUGUACAAGGCGUAUGCCGGUCAGGUUACCGUAUCAGAGAAAAUCAAGGGGCCCCGGCUGAUAAUAAAUUUGGCGUCGGAUAAUAUUUUAAUAUUAAACCGGUAACAUGACAUGUUUUAAUAACAAUAGGUUGCCAUGCAAUGAAACAUACGCCCACAGCAGCUAAAGUGUUCGUGCAGUCAACAAGAGUUGUCGCUCGCAUAUUUUUACUUUUUUCGGUAAUGAAACAUUUAUAAUACAAUAAAAUCUGAUUAAAAGUAACAACUCAUUAAGUAAUUAUCAAGUUCUGUCACAUGCUAACGUUUAGAAUACGAAACAUUUAAUAUCAUGGAUUUAGCUGUUCAGUUAUCAAAACUCAUUGAAAUAUAUACUUGUUCGUCUCAAGACCUUAAACUCUGUGUAUCAAUCUGAAGUCAAUCGGAUGAUAAAUUUGGCCAUAACGCUGGCGGAAAUUAUCACUGAAAAUCAAUAGGCUUCUUCGUCUCAUGGAUGUUAGUUUUGGCCUCUAGAGCAUCCACAAGCAAUAUAAGUAAGUGACCGCAAAAUAAUACAGAAAAUUAUUUGUAGUAUUACCAACAAAAAAAUAAUAAUAAAUGACAUAUGAACAUCUGGUUUUACGAAGCCUUAAUUCAACUUUAAAGCAUUUGGUUUAAUUUUAACACUUUAAUAUUCGUGUUUAAUGGCAUUCCUAACUAACGUGAAUUCUAUCUCGUUGACAUGUUCACCAUCUUGCACCGGUGAUCGCCGCUGCUGACAAAGCGGCACAUUCGGCGUACGCUACGGACAAAUUUUUGUCGACUUCCGGUUAAAUCAAGUGACCUCACCGGGGAAACUGCCGAACUGUGGUCAGCUGGUAUGCGCCAGAAUGGAUAUAUCAAGCAGGGCCAAUGUUCCAAACAACUCUUUUACAUAUGAUCCAGAUUUCAAAACAUUGGUAAAUAAAAUGCAAAUGAUGCAUGAUUUAUGAAUGUUUUAAUUUGAACAGUGUGUUUUUGAAGAGAAGAUAAACUAGUGCAUAGGCCCCAUUUCCAAUUGUGAAAAUACCUUGGUAUAGUUACUUGGAAUGGUGUAGAUAUUUGUAUGUAUGACAUUUGACCUGUAUCAUGAUAUUCUGUAUGUAUUUCCUACAUUGUAAAUAUGUCCAUUUGAAUAAAACAAUUGUUUUCAUAGAUUGGUUCAUUUUAAAAAAUCUCACUAAAUAUGGACAAUGGAUACACCCGUUUAGUGCUGUGUGAAGGCACAAGAAUUGUGUUUGAAGUUAAAAAGAAUAUUAAAGAGA